AUGGCAAUCCAACAGGUGGGCAGAAGCCCACCGCCGGCAGCAGGACUGUUAGAAAGAAGGGGCAGCCGCACUGAGGACAAAAAGCAGUCACUGUUGGCAUUGCUGAUCUUGGUGCUGUACUUGGGCACGUGGGUAACAGGACGAAGUUGGGAGGUGUCAGAAAGAAUCCGAGAAUGUAACUACCCCCAGGAUACUGUGACGACCCAGGAACUUGAAUAUCAGACCAAUAAUGACUCAGAAGUGCCAGUAAAGUUCACCCGACACUGGUUGCAGGAGAACUUGCAUGUUCUCUUGGGGAAGCUGGAGAAAGAGCUGCGUGAGCUGGAGCAGCUGGUCCGGGACCUGGAGGAAUGGCUAGAUGCGCUCCUGGGAGACGGGUACCUGCAGGAGCCCUGCUGCAUCUUCCACAAGCACCCAUGA